AUGCCCUCCCGCAUGGUGCAGGGAACAUCUGUUUGUGGGAAGUGCUGCCCUGGAGAGACAGAAGGAGAGGAGGAGCAGUGGGGAGGGAGAGGGACUUUUGAGACCUGCAUCGGUGCAGGAGGUGAGGAGAGCACCACAGGCGGUUUAAGGAACAGGCAAGGAGCUGAUGGGUUUCAACAAAGACAGGCAGAUGACAAGAUGGAGACUACAUGUGAGAAGAUGUCCGUGGGCGGCUGUGCGUGUCCCGGCUGUUCCUCCAAGUCGUUCAAACUGUACUCCCCCAAGGAGCCCCCCAACGGUAGCACUUUCCCCCCUUUUCAUCCCGGCACCAUGCUGGACAGAGACGUGGGUCCUACCCCGAUGUAUCCUCCGACAUACCUGGAGCCAGGAAUAGGGAGGCACACGCCAUAUGGAAACCAGACAGACUACAGAAUAUUUGAGCUAAACAAAAGACUACAGAACUGGACAGAGGACUGUGAUAAUCUUUGGUGGGAUGCAUUCACUACUGAGUUUUUUGAAGACGAUGCCAUGUUGACUAUAACUUUUUGUCUUGAAGAUGGUCCCAAACGCUACACAAUAGGCCGGACGUUGAUUCCCAGAUACUUCCGGAGUAUAUUUGAGGGCGGUGCCACUGAACUUUAUUAUGUGCUAAAACAUCCGAAAGAGUCCUUCCACAACAACUUUGUCUCCCUCGACUGUGAUCAGUGCACCAUGGUUACCCAAAAUGGAAAACCUAUGUUCACACAGGUGUGUGUAGAAGGCCGCUUAUACCUGGAGUUCAUGUUUGAUGACAUGAUGAGGAUAAAAACGUGGCACUUCAGCAUUAGACAACACCGUGAGCUCAUCCCACGCAGUAUACUGGCCAUGCAUGCCCAGGACCCACAGAUGUUGGAUCAAUUGUCCAAAAACAUUACAAGAUGCGGCCUGUCCAACUCCACCCUAAACUACCUCCGACUAUGUGUUAUUCUGGAGCCCAUGCAAGAGCUCAUGUCCAGACACAAGACCUACAGCCUCAGUCCAAGAGACUGUCUCAAGACCUGUCUCUUCCAGAAAUGGCAAAGAAUGGUGGCACCUCCUGCUGAGCCAUCAAGACAAGCCCCUAACAAGAGGCGGAAGCGUAAGAUGUCAGGAGGCAGCACCAUCAGCGGAGGAGGAACCAACAACAACAGCAACAACAAAAAGAAAAGUCCAGGCAGUGGAUUUCCUCUGUCCAGUCAAGUCCCAGAUGUGAUGGUGGUCGGGGAGCCCACGCUGAUGGGAGGGGAGUUCGGUGAUGAGGACGAGCGCCUCAUCACGCGGCUGGAGAACACGCAGUUUGACGCGGCCAACGGAAUCGACGAUGAGGACAGCUUCAACAACUCCCCGGCCCUUGGCUCAAACUCGCCCUGGAACAACAAGCCCCCGUCCAGCCAGGAGAGCAAGAGCGACAACCCCACCUCACAGGCGUCACAGUAG